AUGUCUCCAAGUGUGGCACGAGGCUUCUACAAUGCAUACCCGAACCUGAAUGCGGAACGGAGCUGGGCAUCGCCAGUCCCAGAAAGCCCCGGAACGCAAAACUUGGGGACAUCAGGAGGACGGCAGUCUCCAAAUGGACCGCAGGGUUCGAGCCAGUCAUCGGAUCAGCAAACACCAAGCAAGAAAAGCACCGACACCCCGGAUGAUGGCUAUUGGCAUCCCAAUGGAAGGCCAUCCUCGAACCAACAAGCGACCUCAGACCAACAAUCGCAAACCAACCAGCAGUCGCCAACAAACCAGCAAUCAACAGCCAACCAACAAUCGACGGCCAACCAGCAAUCACCAUCCAGCCAACAGUCCCAAGCAGGAUCGCAGUCAUCCAGCCAGCAAUCGUCGAACGGACAGCAGCCAUCGACUAAUCAGCAAAGUUCGUCUGGUGCUGGAAACAAUGGCCAAUAUAAUCCCAACACAUCAUCCGGCGGCCAAGCGAGUACCUCCAACACACAGUCUACCCAAGCUGGAAGUAGCGCAGACUCACCGACACAGCAAGCGUCUUCGGGACAACAUCCUUCCCCACAACUGGGACAGCAAGUACAAGAUUCCCAAAGCCAGUCUUCCUCUUCGCAAGGCCAGACGAGCUCCAACAGCCAAAACAAUGGCCAAUGGUCCGGCCCGUCAAGCGGAAGCCAGCAAAGCGGCUCGUCCUCCUACGGUAGCGGCCAAUCCCAGUCAGGACAGGAGCAGGCAGGAACCCAAUCAAACCAACAAUCUGCACCAGCACAACACGGACCCAGCAUGCAAGCAGACCACAUCGAUCAGUCUGGCUGGAGCCAGGCACCCACAAACACCCAGUGGAGCCCGGCAGUUGAGUCUGCGACAUCGCCCUCACCAACGGAGACACAAGCCCAGCAGGCCACCACCACCACGCAGUCUGCCACUAGCCCCCCUGCCAUACCCUCGUCCCAAGGAUCGGGUACAACAGCAACCUCCGCCGCAGCAAGCGCGGGUAUUGCCCUGGCAGUCAUCGCCACACUGGGACUGAUUGCAGUCCUCAUUCUUGUUCCUCUACACAAGAAGCGCAAGCGUCUGCGCAAGCUCCUUGGUCACCACCAAAGAGAAGCCGACAUGGACGAGCGACUGAAAAGACACAUGCACCAGGUUAACGACUUCGUGGCAAGAGGCUACACCCAGACUCACAGAAUGGCGCGUUCCGCAACAGGAUUCCUCAGACCCAAGCGCCACCACUCCCCCCACGUUAGCCAAACCAGUCGCCAGGCUUCAACCAGCGAGAAAAUCCAUCCCACGAUCAUUCCUAUUCAGUCCCCAGAGCUGGCUCUUCACCCAGCCUUGCACUACUCGCCACCUGCGUCGUCGUUCACCUCGUGGUCGACAACCAGAUCUAAGUCGAGUUGUAACAGCUCUCUGAACCACCCGAGCGAGGAAAGACCCAUGUCUCCCACCUCGAACCUCGGCCAAUUCUAUGGCCAAGGCUCAGCCGAAAAUCUUAGCAUGGGUAACAUUGUCGCUGUCAAUCCAUUGAUGAACAAGAUCUACACUGUAGAGAUGGACUAUAAGUCUGGAAAGCCAGGUCAGCUCGAUCUUCGCGCCGGUCAACGUCUGACUAUCUUGCAGGUCUACGACCACGGUUGGGCCGUUGCAGUCCGCCUCGACUCUCCUGAAGCCGGUCUUGUUCCGCGCUCUCACAUCUCUGCUGUCCCCGAUGACAAGCCCAUCGCUUGCAGCGAUGAGCUCGCCCCAUCCCAGCGGAACUCCUUGGUCCAACAGCCACUUAGUGCAUUGACCUCUCGCUUCUACUCGAUGUUUUCCCAACCUGAGCCGCACCGCAAGCCUUCGUCCCCUGUUUAG